CUGGCCUCGCCAGCUCAGUCCAGGCGUCCUGGCGGCCCGGCACCCCUCGACUCCGGACUCCUCGAGGCUCCACGCCUCGUGGCCGACCGACGCCGGGGCCAGAGCUCCGGGGGUCCCGACAGUGCCGACGUUGCCGACCGUCCCUGGGGCUGGCGUCGGGUUAGUGGCGACCAGAAGAGGAGGAUCAGACAACGCCUGGCCGGUCGUGGAGUUCGGGCCAACGCCAGAUCGCAGACUGGCCUCCAGAGAGGGGAGGCCGUCGAAAUGGCGCGACAUGUAGUCGAGGCCGGCUUUCUCGGAGGAGAUCGACAAGCAGCUGGCGGGCAGCAGAAGAAUCUGGACAUGGGGCAUCGGGUGGCGGACAAAGAUGAGCAGAUUUCAGGGAGGGCUCAAACCGGCCCGAGCCUCUCCUGGAGCCCUCAGCUCGAUGCCGCCCUUGAGGCUGCCUCUCUAGACAUCCACAAAAGAGGAUACCAAUUUGAGGAGUCAGGCAGCGGAGAAGACAACGGCCCGCAGUACAGCCAGAAGAAUACGGCGUCGUUUUGUGGUGGGCUCGAGCUGAACGUGGCUAGACCGAAAGAUUCCUUGAAGACCCCAAUUAGUUACCCUCAGCCUGGCGGAACCCUCUCAAGGGAAACCUGA